AUGGCACCGCACGAUCCAGAACGCACCUACACCGAACUCCUCUUCGCUUCAUCUCGCAAGUAUGCGGCCUGGGAUCCAGAACUCGAAGUGCGCGUCGGCGACUAUGGCAUAAUCACACGGGGCCAGCGCGCUUCGUUCCUCAAGUUCUGGGCGCGUGAUAGGCGGCAGGGUGUCUUCCUCAAGCAGGGCAACAUUUACGAUAACGGAAAGGCCAAGAAGUUCGAUGUGCCACCGCCCAAGACGUAUGAACACGAAGGCAGCACAGGUGUCAGCUGGGUUGUGAGCCAGAAUGCGUCGGAGACAGACUUGAGCGCGGAUGUCAGCGCACAAACGCCGGCGUUGGCAAACUGCGGCGUCAAAGCCUCUUUCAAGUUCCAUUCGGGCCAGGGUGCGGUACUCUCGAUGAACGGCGACAGUGUCACGACCAUCGACCCACCCGGCGCAUUGCGACCACUACUUGAUGAUGCGGAUCUACCCGAAGGGACCGUGAUCGUGUCGGAGGUGCACGCGACCUCAUCUUACGCGCGCUACCUCGGGACGCCCGAGGUGAGGCAGGUCAGCAUCGGCCUCAACGUGGCGCCUCCGGCGGUGGCGAACGUAGCGAAGGCCGACGUCAGUGCUCAGUGGUUGCGUAGUACCACCAUCGGCAACUUCAAAAGCAAGGUCAACGCGGACAACGAAAGGACAUACUAUCCAUUGUUCCGAUUGGUGGCACUCGAGGGCGACGCGGUAUCUAACGGUCUACGCGCUGGUAUUGACGAUGAGAUGGAGAUCCCCCUGCCUGACGCGGUGCCCCCGUGGAUGACCUCGGGCGCCGAGAGGGAAAAUGAGGAGCAACGCAGCAGGGAUCUCGUUCGGUACUUGCCCUCGCGCCCAAGAACGCUGACAAUGAUCGGCAUUGGGUUGAUCGCGGGGCUCCUCGGUGCACGCCUCUUGUCGCGGUAA